CAAACGCUCCGAUCGCAAUGGCCUUUCGCAAUUCGCCCAGCUCGAAUUAUGUAAUCUCGGCCGGCGGUUAACAUCGAACCCAUAAAUUCAUAAAAUGAGUAUUAUUUGUUGUUUAACGAGACGCACGACUUACGGCUUUCUGCCGUUCGUGACUCAGUUUUUCGAAGCCGACAGGCUGAGCAAUGAGACGGCCACGGAACAAAAAGCGGACAAAAGUUCGAUGGAGAAGGAAACCGGCUGGGACCGGUUGAAAAGAAUGUUCCGGGUGGACGAAUUCGGUAAUAUUUCUCACGAAGCCAACGCCGUUAUCCAAGUGACAUCCAUCAGCACCUUCGUGGGCGCAAUCUUGGGCGGGAUAGCGACCAGCAAAGCGACAUACUUGAAGUUUAUGGAAGAGAACGACGCAACUUCGUUCCAGAACCAUUUCGAAGCGAAGAAAAAGCUUCAGGAUAUGAUGAUGUUGAGCUUCGGAAAAGGUUCCGUCAGGUUCGGACUGAGGGCGGGGCUAUUUUCCGCCGCGUUCAUAGGUAGCGCUACGGCUAUUCAAACUUAUCGGGGAGCAUCGGGCGUCAUGGAUUUCGUGUUGGGCGGAGCCCUGGCCGGUUUCCUGUACCGGUUCAACAUGGGCCCGAGAGCAUGGUUGGUGGCCGCCCCUUUGGGCGCCUCCUUCGGCCUGGUCUGCGGGGUUAUCACCCACGGCAUCCUGUCCGUGUUCGGGAUGAGCAUGGACGACAUGCGCUACUGGCAGUACCAGCUUAAGGAAUCCCGGAGCGACUACAUACGGAAGGGCAUGAGGGAGUACCUGGACAAGGAAAACUUGGCCGUCAUCAAGAUGCACGACGAUCAGGUCGGUGAGGCGGGGAAACAUAUCGACAACGUCGACAAAAAUAAAAACCCAGAAUUGUAAAAC